CGCAUGAACUCUGUGUUUUACUAAUCCCCACAACGAGUCAUAUACGCAUUGACAAUUCAAACUUGCUCAAUACUAGGAGGGAAGAUGAGUAUUUCUGCCAUAUCAACAGGUUAUGGUCCCGGAUUUAAGCCAUUUGAUGGUAAUGCGGAGAAUUAUGGCUCGUGGGAAAAACAUUUUCACGGUACGUUGUACGUUAUGAAACUACAUCUCGCCUUCGAUAAAUAUGCUUCUGAACGCCCAGAGGGUUAUAAUAUGGAGGAUGCUAGAAGGACAAUCUACAGUUAUUUGACUUGCUACCUGGACAGAAUGUCACUUGGCAUGAUAAAACGUGAAGCAAGAGGAGACUGGCGUGAAAGCAUUGGCAGUGAUACGCAAGUAUUACAUGAGAGAAUCAAACCACAGAUUAUAUGCUUUAUGGGAGUCAUUUAUAAACAAAAGACUGGGAGAUGGCAGGGUUACAGAGUAUCUGUCAUCCAUGGAGAAAAUAGUAUCAGCACUAAGAGAAUCAGGUGAGAGUGUUAGUGAUCUUCUCUUAGUGACAACUACACUGAAAGGACUUCCACCAAAGUACAAACAUUUUGUAGAUGUUGCUAAUCAACGUGACCCUCCAUAUGAGUACUCUGGAUUAAAGACAGCCCUAUUGAGACAUGAAGAUCGCCUCAGACAAAGAGUGAUGGUAGCCCAUGGCAACAGUACAGUUAAACAGAAGAGAUGCUUUAAGUGUGGUGAACCAGGCCAUUUUGCAUUAAAAUGCAAUGAAGGUGGUGCGUUUAAAAGAGUAACAACUAUCAGAAUAAUAAGAAAUGGUGUGAAUUUCAUCAGUCAAGAACUCACAAUACCAGUGAAUGUAGGACAAAGAACCCCAGGAAGAAUAACAACUCAGUAAAUUCUGCAAAUGACACAAGCGAAGAACAAAAUUAUGAAUAUUCUUUCCAUAUAACACACUCAUCAAGGUUACGACCUGUUGAAGGGACCUCAGAGUUGUGUGACAUUGGAAAACAGAAUAUAUCAACCUUAGAAGCAGAUGAAAAUUUACUGAUGAUUGACAGUGGUUGCACUUCACACAUAGAGAUAAAUGAACCCAAAUUUGUGAGAUUUCAAGAGUCUUUUGAUCCACAAGACCAUUACAUAGAACUGGCAGAUGGCCAAACGCAACAAGGAACUGUACAGGGAGUUGGUGAUGUCAAGGACUUUAUCCAAGAUAGAGAUGGCAACUCAAGGAGUAUUGUGUUAAAAGAUGCACUAUACAUACCAGGAUUUCAGCAAGACAUCAUGUCAGUAUGGAAAACCAUUAAGAGUGGACACAGCAUUACUUUUUCACCCAAUGGCAGUUCACUAACUACCAAGGAUGGUAGGAUAUUUGACAUUGUAGAGAAAAACAAAUUGUUCUACUUAUGUAGAGGUAAGCUACACACAAACUCUCAAAUGGAUAAACUCAGGAGAAGCAAAGCACACCCUAGAGGAAUGGCAUAAAGUUCUAGGACACUGCAAUGUGGCUGAUAUGCAAAAGCUCGAAGCAACUGUUGACGGAAUGCACAUUUUGAGUACAGACAAGUUCAGCUGUACCACAUGUGCUCUUGGUAAGAUGACACAGUAUAGAAAUAGAGAGCCUGACAAAAAGGCUAAACAGCCUUUAGAUUUAGUACACUGUGAUGUAGUAGGACCUAUUGAUCCAGCAGCUAAAGGAGGCUACAGGUACAGUAUCUCUUUCAUAGAUGACUAUUCAGGAGCUCUUAGAAUCUACCUCAUUAAGAAUAAGGGUGAUACAGUGCAUGCUAUGAAGAGAUAUCUUGCAGAAACAGCACCAUAUGGCAGUAUAAAAAGCCUGAGAUGUGACCAUGGAACAAAAUUUACAAAUAAGGAAUUCAGAACACUCCUUAUAGAGAAUAAGAUUAAAUAAGAGUUUUUUGCACCCUACUCUCCACAUCAAAACUGGGACACAAAUCAAUUUUUGACAUGGCUUGAUGUUUACUGAUUGAGUCCAAAUUACCCAAAGAUAUGUAGUGUUAUUCUGUGAGGGCUGCUUGUUACAUCAGGAAUAGGUACUUUAAUCCCAGAACUCGGAAGACUCCGGUGGAAGUGCAUACUGGAAGUGCAUAUAAGACGGCCAAACAUCAGCAAAAUGAAUAUAUUUGGAGUAAGAUGCUUUUCAUAUGAACAAGAGAAGAAGAAACUUGAUCCCAGGAGUAAGGAAGGAAUAUUUGUGGGCUAUAAUGACCAGAGCCCAGCCUACUUGAUUUACUUCCCAGAAUCUCAAACAGUAAAGAAAAUAAGAUGUGUUAAGUUCAUGGAAAACUUACCCAAUGUAGCUGAACCACCGAAUGGUGAGCAAACCUCAGAUGAAGAUGACAUCUUGGUGGAGACUAGACUUCAGCAAAAAUCACUUCAAGAAAAUCAAGAUGAAACACCAGAUAACAUAAGUGAAGAAAGAAGAUAUCUCGAGGAAGACGUAAACCCUCAAAAUUAGAUGACUACAUUACUGAGGAACUGGACAACAGUAUCUCCAGUGUGAUGCAUAAUAGCUUUAUGCAUCAUUGCUACCGAGUGUCACAUAUUCCAGUACCAGUCAUCUACCAAGAGGCUAUUGCAUCUCCAGAGGGACCGCAGUGAAAGAAAGCAAUGGACGAGGAAAUCUCUUCACUUCAAGACAAUAACACCUAUGACCUUACCACACUGCCUGAGUCACAUACAGCAGUAGGCGGGAGAUGGGUCUAUCAAGUAAAACCUGGACCAAACAACAAAGAAAAAUACAAAGCAAGGUACGUCGCCAAAGGAUAUUCACAGGUAAAAGACAUUGACUACGGAGAGACCUUUGCACCAACAGCAAGAAUGUCUACACUUGGUACUUUAUUGGAUGUGGCUGCACAGAAAAAUAUGGAAAGAUCUGAAGGAGCAUGGUGAAGAUUCCCAGGGCAGAGAAAAAGCAACUUUACUCCAGAGUAACAGAAGGAUGAUACAAGGUGGGGAAAGUCUGGAAUGAGAGGAACACGAGAGGGAGAAGAAUAGCAAUAGUGUGUGCCUUCAGGAAGAGAGGAUAGCAGUAUGGGAAAAUGUUGCACAGAUGGCAGUAGUAGGAGGAAUGUAAUGGAUAAGAAGACUGGGAAAGCACUUGUGCAGCAGUUACACUCAGAGCCAGGUAUCAAGAGUCAUAAAAUGGAGUCUGUGAGAGGAGUGAAAAGGUUGAAAAGCAUCCUUGAGGAGAGUGAAGAGAGUGAGGAGCUUGGCCAAUGCCUUCUGUGUAAAGGGGCAGUGACUAGUGUGGAUGGAGUCUGCGUUGGAGUAGACAUUGAGCUUCCUUUCAGCUGGACUGGAUCUUGUAUCCCUCUUGCAAUGUUAUAGUGUCUCUCUCUCAUUGCAAGAUACUUUGCAAUUGCACAAAAGAACUGAUCUCUGUAAGGAUUGCUAUGAGUUAGUGAUGAAAGGAGAUUCAGCAUAUAGUCAUGUAUAUUCUGUGGCCUCUAAGAUGAAUAGAUUAUGGUCAGGAAGGAUGUCUGAGUGUGUUACUUUCUCAUUAAAUGUUAAUGAUUCACAAAAACUUGCUUAUCACUGUAUUUAUUGUGAGGAAAAGUUUCAGGAUGAAAAUGAGUGGCAUUUUCAUAUGAAAAUUGACCAUAAAAUUAAUGUCAGUUUCCAGGAAUCCACAUCUAGUGAUGGAGAAAAGGAAAAGAGUGAAUCACUUGGAACAUCAGUCUGUAAAUCUGACAAUAACUUCACUUGCACUGCAUGUUGUCAAACCUUUAAAGAUCAAGGGAGCUUCCUUACACACAAGAACAAAAUACAUAAAAGUUCAACAGUGUCUGAAUCUGAAGCAGUGUGCAAAUCAGGAGUGAAUAGUUUCCUAGAUAUAGGCAACAAAGUAGGUUCUAAGAUCCAUCAGCAGAAAGCAUUGAAUUUGAAAACUGAUUCUAAAAGUCAGGAGAGAAAUAUACUAGAGUAUCCGCCAUCUCUUAGACACAUUUUCUGGGCCAAACAUGAAUUAAUGCUACAGGAUAAGGAAGAUGAACUGAUAUUAUCAUAUUCACAAGAUAAUGUAAAUAAUGGGGGUAAUGUACAUGGAGAUAAUGAAAAAGCAAGUGAGAAUGUAGCUGAAGUAAGUGAUAAUGUUUUGAGAAAAAAUGCUACUGAUAAAAAGGCACACAUGCAGGUAAUUCCAAAAAAGAAAUUAAAAGGUGAAGGAAGCAGACAAUCAGAAGAAGGGGAUAUUAGAAGAGGAGUGACCAUCAAUUUGAAGUCCAGAGAGAGGGUAAGAACUAGCAGAAAACUUUUGACAUACAGGUUUAGUAAGAAGAAGAGCGAGACAGUUAUACAGGAAGAAGACUCUAAGAGAAAUUUCAAAAGGGUAAAUGGCCAGUAUACUGACAAUAAACAACCAACGAGGAUUACCAAGACCCUUGUACAGAAAUGCCCCAUCAGCAGCAAGGGGAAGAAAUUAGAUAGUUAUGAAACACAGCAAAGUUAUUAUCACAGAAAACAAAAAUACCCUGAGACACGAGAUCUUUACAGAGUAGCAGUAAGCUCUCAGAUCAAGGAAGAAAGUGACCAAUUACCGCUUCAGGACGAAGAGACGCGUUCAGCGUGUGGAGAUGAUGGCAUGACUGAAGCAGACAUCCUGGAAGACGACGUGGAAACAAAAGUGAAUGUGUCGGAGGAAGGGGGAUGUGCUGUUGUGGAUAUUUUUAAUGGACCAGUGAAUCUUUGUGAUGUGAGUGAUGACUUCCGGUGUAUCAUCAUUAACGGGGAAUGAAAGAUUGAAAAAAACAUAUAUUUUAUGAUUUAUGCAUUAUUUUUAUAUAAUAUAUAUAUAUGUAUUUUAUCUGGGAUGCUUUAAAAGAAUUUUAUUGCAAAUUAUAUAUUUAUUGAUAUUGACAAUGAAAUAAAAGUUGUCAGUGAUGA